CCUCCUUUUGGGCCUUUCCUCUCUUCGAUUCCAUCUUCUUCUCGCAACCCUCGAUGUUUGUGCUGGUCUUGCGGCCUUCUCAAGGAGAACAUUCGUCUCCACAGCGGUUCAUGGAUUUCUCCGCCUUCCUCCUUUCCUCUCGCCAUGGAACAAGUGUCACGUGAUAUGGAUUGGAAUGAGGGUAUUCUUUCUCUUCAAAAGAAUAAGAGCAGGCUAAAGACUCCUGAACAAGUUCAAGCACUAGAAAAAGUUUACAAUGAGCAGAAGUACCCGAGUGAAUCUUUAAAAUUGCUGCUAGCGAAUCAAAUAGGGUUAUCUCAGAAGCAGGUUUCUCGAUGGUUUUUUCACAGAAGAAUGAAAAAUAAAAAGCUACUAGAAAUUGAAGCAUCUGCAAUUGGUAACCAGAAAAAUUCCAGUAGCCUUAUAAACGACCAACAUAGUGGAGUUGAGCAAGAAUCAUGUAGUAGCAGCAAACAAGGUGAUUUGCAUCUCAAUUCUAAAGAUGUAGAAAGCAAAAGGUCCAAUGUACAUCAACUUUCGAUGGUAGGUCUUGCAAUGCAGCAGAAGACUGCUAGUGGUAGAGUAGCGCAUUUAGUAUGUUCGAACAGUAGGCCUCAUGGACCAAGAAUAAAAUUGAAAGAAAUGCUAAUACAGGAGAGGAUUCCUGCGGCUACAGAUGUUUCUAAGCACUUAUUCAUGAGGGAAAACAAGGAUUUGUUGAGCAGAAGAAGCUUACAGAGCCAAGGAGUGAUGCUAGAUUCGAGACAAUAUAAUCAUAUGACUUGGAAGGAGAGUUAUGCUGUUUCUUCCUUGAAAUUGAAAUUGGGAAAGUUAUAUUGUCAUGAAGGUCCAUCUCUUGGUGUUCACUUUGACCCACUACCACCUGGGGCUUUUAGUGCAUCAUUCACAAAUUCAACUUAUGAGUUGUGCCAUAUCAGAGAAUCUAUGCAAAAGGCUACCUGUAACCAGAGAGAGCACAAACAGUUGUUUCUUCAUCCCAACACUUUAUCUAAUUUACAGUCAAAUCACCAGACUCACAUGGACAAGCCCACUCGUUUCUAUGACAACCACAAUUUUCAUGUAAAAGAUGCUGAAGAUUCAGAAAGGAAUAGGUUGGAAUCUAAUUGCAGGAAAAUUGUAAGAUGCUCAAAGUAUAGACCAAAAAUGGCAUAUGGCAGAAGACAACACUUUUAUUUAAAUGAUCAAAAAGCAAGCACAUCCAAAGCAUUCACAUGUCUUCAGAAUUAUUAUGAUCCUGAAUCUUUAUCACAAGAUUUCUCCAACAGGGAAUCCUUGAGAUCAGCAAAUAAAAAUACUCUGAAAAAAGGCAAUGUAGUGCUUCCUAAAAAAAUAAUAAAGAGUGCAAAGACCUUGAAGGAGCGAACUGAACACCCUAAACUAAUGACAAGUAAACGGAAAGCUAUUGAAUUUCAAAGUCAGGGACAUGCAAAAUUAUCUAGAAAAUUGUCAUGUAUGGAUCCAAGAUACGGGUGCUCUGUGGUCAUAGAACCUAGUUUCAACGAGGAUGAUGAUCCUGAAACUACAUCCUCAAUAGAUUGAAUAAUUGAGUGAAGGUAUCUUGUAGUUUGUCUAAUAUUAGACGUUGGAGAAAGCUUUCA